AUGAGUUCCUAUCAGCAAAAGCAGACCUUCAUCCCACCACCUCAGCUUCAGGAGCAGCAGGUGAAACAGCCUUUUCAACCUCCACCAGUUGUUCCCAUAACCAAGGAGCCAAGCAACCCCCAAGUCCCGUAUCCUGGCAACACCAAGGUUCCACAGACAAGCCAAACCAAGAUCCCUGAACAAGGCCACUCCAAGGUGCCCGAGCCAGGCUACUCCAAGGUGCCCGAGCCAGGCUACUCCAAGGUNCCCGAGCCAGGCUACUCCAAGGUGCCCGAGCCAGGCUACUCCAACGUGCCUCAGCCAGGCUAUUCCAAGGUGCCUCAGCCAGGGUACUCCAAAGUGCCUGAGCCAGGUUAUUCCAAGGUGCCUCAGCCCAGUCAGCCCAAGAUUCCUGAACCAGGCAACCCCAAGAUUCCUGGGCCAGGCCACUCAAAGAACACAGAAUCAUACCCCUCACCAAUCACUCCAGGCUCAGGUCAGCAGAAGACCAAGCAGAAGUGA